UGACAUACAUCCCCAUGCAAAAUACGACUCUGCUUAGCUAGCAUACAUUCUUAUUCCUAUAAUUAGUAUUGUAGAUUUCGUACGUUUUUUUAUGCCUUAUAAGUACAUAGGUUCAGAGUCUGGUCACCUUGUAUCAGGCAGUGGCGCUCCUAAGCUGGUAUAUAAUAUCAAAGAUCUGCAGGCACGCGGUAGUGGUGUGCGAGGCCUGCGCAGACGCACUAAUUGCACAUAAUCCGCGUCUAUACUCUUCCGUGCACUAUGUUGUCGAGUCAAGUCAUUUUAAUAUCUUCAUUUGUUUUAUUAUGUGUUAUCAAUGGUGCCUUGCUUAAAGAGAUACCGGAUUACAUCCACGUAUGCAAGCGGGACCCGGCCACGAUCGAGGGCUGCGUGCUCAAGUCCAUUGAGGCACUCCGUCCGAAGCUAGCUGAGGGCAUCCCCGAGCUCGCCGUGCCGGGGCUGGAGCCCUUCGUCAUACCCGAGAUUAAAGCCUUGACUACGGAGAGCCUGCAGAUCCGGGCGUCCGGCCACAAUGUUAAGGUCACCGGCGCUAGUCAAUUCACUAUCAAGAGCUUGUCGGUUGACUUAGACACGCUUGAGAUAAAGGCUCGUGUACGCUUCCCUAAGCUGCACUUCGUCGGAGACUACAAGCUUGAUGCACAGAUCCUCGUGGUGCCCCUAAAGGGAGAAGGACAACUGACUGCUGACGCCGUGAAAUGUGACGCUGACGUGGUAAUCCACACGACGAUAUUCAACCGCGACGGCGCGGAGUACAUCAAAUUUAAGAAGAUCGAUGCCGACAUCAACAUCAAGGACUACAGGGUCAGGCUUGAUGGACUCUUCAAUGGAGACAAAACAUUAGGCGAGGCCGCAAACCAGGCCAUCAACCAGAACCGAGGCGACUUCCUGAAGGCUGCCAAGCCACACCUGGAGAAGACGGUCACUAAGCUCCUACUGGAAACUGCCAACAAAGUGGUGGACGGACUCACGCUGGACCAGCUCCUGCCUAAACCCUAACCUAGUUCCUAGUAACUGGGCCACUAUCUCAAGUAGUAACAUGUGGAAGAGAGAUGCCGCUCUGCGCCGUAUAUCGCUCUGUCCCACUUCCACAUUGCAUUACUUUAUGACGUAUAGGCCCCCUGUAUAUUAUUAUAAGCUGACUGUGAUUUUAUUUCUGCGGAAUAUUAAAUUGUUCUUUUUAUAAGAAA